AUGACCAGGGACUUAAAGGCAUUAAUACCAGAUUCAGAAUGGGCGAUUAAGUUACAUCGGAUUACGUUGAAAAUCAUCGGUUUGUGGCCGCCAGAUAACCGAAAGGCACAUGAGAUGGUACGUUCGAAACUUCGACUAUUGUGCAACGUUACUACAAUAUUCUUCGUAACAACGAUACCAACUUUAAUAUCAUUAAUACAAGUAUGGGGCGACAUGAUAUUAAUGAUUGAAAAUUUGCAACUCAGUCUACCUUUGGUGAUGACGGUGUUCAAAAUCUACGUCAUAUGGUAUAAACAAGAAGCCUUAGCACCUCUAAUUGACAUGAUCGAAAAAGAUUGGAUAAAGGUGAAGAUGAAGGAAGAGCGAGAUGUUAUGCUGAAGUGCGCCAUGAUCACUCGCGUAAUCGCCAUGUGCGGAAUGUUCAUAUUAAUUUGUGCAGUUUCGGUUACUUUAAUUCUUCCAUGUUUUGGACUGAUGAUUAGACAAGAGACGAACCUGACCGAUCAUGAAAGACCUUUGCCGUUACAAUCGUACUACUUGCAUGACGUAUCUAAGAGUCCGCAUUUUGAGCUAACAUUUGUGGCACAAGGAAUCAUAGUGUUCACAGGAGGACUUACUUAUUCAGUGGUUGACCACUUCCUCGGACUAUUGGUUAUACACAUGUGCGGGCAACUGCAGAAUCUAAAUUUGCGAUUGACCCAUAUGGAAAAUUAUCCGAACUUUGAUGCAGCAUUGAAAUAUAAUGUCCAAGAUCAUACACGCUUGAUCAGGUGCUCGACGUAUAGGGGAGAUCGGAACAAGUUCGAAUGA